AUGCAUAUUUCCUUCGCUUAUCUUGGCUUUGUGCUUGCUGCCUCCGCUGCUGCCAGUUCGCGUCAUUUGGCGAGAACCGACACAGUUGCUCGGUUGAGCGUUCGUAGUGAAGAACAGGCCGGCGGAGACGACCAUCUCAAGAUGAAGUGUUUUGGUGGCUGUGGUGGAGGUCUUCCUAUCCCUGGGCCCACUUCAUGCUGGAAUGCUCCGGUCGUCUUCCACGGCGGCGGAGGUUUACCGCCGAUGAAUACCUUCUUUUCAACCGUUCAAAGCUACACGGUCAUCACCUCCAACACCGUCAACAUCUGGAACGGUGGCCUAGACCCUCAAUCCAUCUUACUUCAGUUCCAAAUCAUGGUCACCAGUCUUUCAACUCUGUUCUCCACUUUACAAGGCGGAUGUUCCUUCCAAGGGAACCCUCAAGUCUUCAUCUCCACUUUUUCCCCCCUGAUCAUUCAAAUCCAAAGCAUGCUCACGAUUAUCACCACUCAAUGUGCUGGUACAAUUGCUGCCUUCCAAUCCUCCUUUGCCGUCCUAUCUGUCUUGGUGCAAUCGAUCGUCGGUGUUGCAAUCACCUUUCAUGUCGAGGUUCAACAAUUCUUCGCGGCCUGCAACUUCAACCCUCAGCUCUGGUCACCUCUUGGUUUCCCAGUCGAUAGCUGGAUCCACGGAGGUGCUGGUGUAUUCCCCGGAGGUCCGGGUGUGAUCCCCGGAGGUCCUGGUGGAUUCCCUGGAGUUCCCGGUGUGAUCCCCGGAGGUCCUGGUGGAUUCCCUGGAGGUCCCGGUGUGAUCCCCGGAGGUCCUGGUGUAUUCCCCGGAGGUCCUGGUGUUGUCCCUGGCGGUGUACCAGUUCCAGUACCUGGAGGUGGUGCCAUCGGCUGUUUCCGACCACUUGGUCUCCUCGGUACCUUACUCCACGUCCUCAUUGUAAUCCUCGACCCUCUCUUCCACGGCCUUGGUGCGCUCUUGCAAGGUGUUGGUCUCCUGGUCGCAAACCUUGGUACAGCUGUGGGCGGUCUUCUUGAUGGUGGUCUCCUCGGUUUGAUCUAG